CACUUCUUACCUAAAAUAGAAAUAUAUAUUUCGAGAGAUGGCUUCAAAAAUCUCAGCCUCCCUAGUCAUUUUCCUCACAUUCAACAUCCUCUUCUUCACCUUGACCACCGCGUGUGGUGGUGGCUGCAGUCCAGUCCCUAAACCUAAGCCUAAGCCAAAGCCUACUCCUAGCCAUUCCUCUACCGGAAGCUGCCCAAAAGACACUCUCAAACUCGGUGUUUGCGCCAAUGUCCUCAAGGAUCUUCUCAAAAUCGAGUUGGGAACGCCACCAGUAAAGCCAUGUUGUUCCCUCAUUAAGGGUUUGGUUGAUCUUGAGGCCGCAGCUUGCCUCUGCACUGCCAUAAAGGCUAAUGUUUUAGGCAUUAACCUUAAUGUUCCUGUCUCUCUCAGCCUUCUUCUCAAUGUGUGUGGCAAGAAGGUCCCUUCUGGAUUUAAAUGUGCUUGAUCUAUCUACUCUCCGAUUUUGUUAUAAUGUUUCAUCUAUUUUUUCGAUGUUUUUCUUUGAUUAAGAUUCUUUAAAUUCUACUUUUUCAGUUGUUAAUCGAAUAAGUGUUGCUUCUACUUCUUUUACUGUGUUCAUUUUGAAUCAAUGGUUUAAAGUUAGAAUCAGACUCUU